UUUUCAAAAGUCCAUUCCCGUUGUGCGUGAGUGGGAGAACAAUGAAAAUGUAAAAAAGGAAAAUAAAAUAAACAAAAGUAUAUAUUCAACAUUUUACCAAGGCGCCAAUCUUCAUUUCCGGGUUUAGGGUUUUACGAACCCACCAUUUCGCACAGUAUUUCAACCAAGGAGCAAAACAUCUCUUCUCCACAACCACAUGGCAUUUUGGGGAGUUGAAAUCAAACCUGGAAAGCCUUUCACGCACCUAUACGAUGCUUCCCGAGGACGCCUCCACAUUUCAAUGGCCACUUUGGGGCUUGGCACAGCAAUUACGAAAAGCACACUGCAAUGUAAUGUGGGAAACAAAAGCCCUGUUUUUCUUUGUGCUCUUUAUCCUGGAAAAAGUGAGUCGUUGCAGUUGAAUUUGGAGUUUGAAGAAGAUGGUAAUGUUGUUCUCUCCGUCAUUGGCCCUCGGAGUAUUCAUCUCUGCGGUUAUUAUCUUGCCCGUGGACACUAUACCAAUACUAUGGAUGAAUCGGAAUCAUAUGGAGAAGAUAUAGCUGAUACAGAAACGGAGAGAUCUGAUCACAGUGACGAAGACGACGACGAUGAUAGUUUUAUUGAUGAUGACGAUGAUACAGUUUUCCCACCAUCUCCUAUUUUCAAUGAAGAGGAAGCUUCUUCUGAUAGCGGUCUAAAAGUUACAAAAGGAAGCCGAAGAAGGCUGAGGAAGAAGUACCAGUUGGUAGAGUCAGACGACGAUGGCGGUUGUGAAGAAAAGAAAACUAUUGAUGACAACAUGCAUGUUGAAUCUCAGGAAAUUGAUGACGAAGAUAGUCUACCAAUUUCAUCUAUUUGCAAGAAUAAAGCCUCUGUAAGGGUCUUGGAUCAGGAAAUGGAUGAUAAUGUUGAUAAAGAAACAGUUGGUGCUGGCAACGAAGAUGGUGAAGACCGAGAGGAUAAUACUAUUGAAACAACGUUGAAAACUGACAAUGUUGUCCUGGACAGUCAGACUCAUAGCAGGGAAGCUGAACCUUCAGAUCAAUUGGUAGAUCCCUGCCCUGUUCUGGAUGUUGGGGAUAUUAAAAAGUCAAAAAAGAAAAAGAAGGAAAAGGAAAAAGAAACAAAGAGUUCUUGUAAUGACCAUUCUACCGAACUAGAUAAUGCUGUGCGAGAUGAGCCAAAAAUGAACACAACUCAGGAUCUUCUGGCAGAAAAUGAACAGAACCAACAGCAAGCUGAUGAUAGCAGGAAAGCUGAACCUUCAGAUCAAUUGGUAGAUCCUUGCACUGUUCUGGAUGUUGGGGAUAUUAAAAAGUCAAAAAAGAAAAAGAAGGAAGAGGAAAAAGAAACAAAGAAUUCAAUUAAUGGCCAUUCCACCGAAUUAGGUAAUGCUGUGCAAGAUGAGCCAAAAAUGAACAUGACUCAGGAUCUUCUGGCAGGAAAUGAACAGAACCAGCAGCAAGCUGAUGAUAAGAAAGUUGAAACCACGGAUAAAAUACUACCUUCCUCACAGGUUGGUCAGGGACAGGAUGAAAAACCAAAGAGAAAAAGGAAGGAACGGUCCAAGGAUGAGACACUUCUUACUGCUGGUGGUGCUUGUAUUAGCAAUGUUACUAACCUGCCUCCGGGAAAUGAACACAAUAGUCAGGACACAGUUAAUGGCAGGGAUGUUAAGAUUUCAGACACUGUUGCAAUGCCUUUCACUGAAACGGAUUCUCAAAAGAAAACAAAGAAGAGAAAGAAAGAGCAUUUAAACAAAGUUUCACAGCCUGAAGGUGACAAUGGAAAUGGUGAAGCCAACAAAGAGACAGUAGAGUCUGAUUGUCUGAUUGAUAAGUUUUCUGAAAGGAAAGAGCAACAUCCAAAGCUUACAAUUGAAAACAAUGUGGACAACAAUGGAAACCAAUCUGAAGACAAGAAAGUUAAGAAAAAGAAGAAAAGUAAAAGCAAAGGCAAUGAAGUUGUAAAUUCUGAUGUGCCUUUAUCCGUUGAGCCAAGUACUGAGAUGACGAAAGAGGAUGGAAAUAAUCCGGAGGAUGCCAAGUCUUCCCAAGUCAGAACAUUGUCAGAUGGACUAGUUAUUCAAGAGCUAGAGACCGGGAAAGCAAAUGGGAAAAUUGCUGCAUUAGGGAAAAAGAUCAGCAUCAAUUACACUGGCAAGUUGAAGGAAAAUGGAAUGGUGGUUGAGUCAAACGCUGGCGAAGCUCCUUUCAAAUUUCGCCUUGGUAAAGGAGAAGUUAUUAAGGGUUGGGAUAUUGGCCUUGAAGGUAUGCAAGUUGGAGAAAAAAGAAGACUUGUGAUACCACCGUCAAUGACGUCUAAGAAAGAUGGAGACAGUGGCAGUAUACCACCAAAUUCAUGGUUGGUUUAUGACUUCGAACUGGUUAAAGUUCAUUGAUUAUUUCAUCCAACGGAUCGUGGCUGGUCAUGUUUUGAGCGAAAAUGAGAAAUAUGAAGUCAGGGAGGCAGUUUAGCCGGGCAAUCAAGAACCAGAUUCAACUGUAUGAUAACAGUUUUUUGUCGAGUCUAUGGUAGUUUUGCCCUGGGUAUAGGGAACAGUUGGUUUACACUUGCAACCAAAUCCAAAGUUUUGCUUCUUUAAGUUACUAUUUACAUACCAAAAACCAUUUGAGUCGAGGGUGAAAGUAUAAAAGUUUGGUUGCAUUA